CAUAGGUGGAUAGUAAGAGGGAUAAAAUAAAAGCAUUACGAGUUGGUAAAGCUUGUGGGGUGGUUGUCAACUCUGCGGCAUCGUUAGGGGUAACUUUGAAUAUUUAGCAACGUAGAUGCCCUUGGAGAAUAAUGCAAGAUGGGGAUGAAUACAUCAAGAUUCUCAAGUGGUGCUUAAUUAUGUGAAAAUAUUUUCUGAAAAAGCUCUCGUGCCACCCUGGGAAAAAACUUUGUUAACGUUCAAAGUCGCGUUUUAAUUUGUUGCUUCAGGAAGACCUUGACGCAUCCUCGACAGAGGGUAAACUUGAGGAUGUCUCAAUGAACGGGAUGCUGAUUGUAAGAGGAUUUGAAGAAUUACGCCAAAGCGUGCAGUGAUGAAAUGGAGGAUUUAGCACCGCCGCCGUACAAGCUGCCUGAAACUAAUCGACAUAUAUUAGACGUGUGGAAUCCUUUACGACCUCUUUUCCAAAUUAGUUUACCACCAGGAAGCAGAUUGAUAACACAUGAGGAUACACGUGAAAGUCCUCCUAGUGCGUCUGGUAUGAAUAAUCAAUCCUAUCUUGUGGAUUUGGACAGAUACGAGAACACUGAGAACCAUUUGACGAUAGACACGUUCAGAAAUUAUAGAACUACGGAUAGGGGUAGUUUGGUGUACUUGAAUAAUCAUACGACCAAAUUCCCUUACUCCGUUAACACUGUGCAUUUGCAAAAUCCAUACAAGACACCGUCGCCUUAUGAGAGAUACACACCGAAGAAUUCAAAUCUGAAGAACAUGUAUCGGUCCAGAGAGAUGACACUCAGACCCAGGCACAAUAAUUUGAAAGUGAAAAGACAUGAAGUUUCUUCGAUAGAGCAUUUGAACAAGACUCGUGAAAAGUUUGAGAGAUCUACUAUGAGGAAGGACGAGUUUCAUCUUUGUCUUAAAAAAUCUGAGAUUGGUGUUACCAUUCAGCAAUAUUGUAACAAUAGUUCGCUUCAUGGUUUAAGAUACAUAGGGGAUGCUAGCCUUUCGAUUCUUGAGAGGCUAUUUUGGAUAAUAUCGUUCAUCGCGGCUGUAACGACUGCUGGAUACUUUAUAUGGACUUUAUAUCAAAAAUGGAUUACUACUCCAAUAAUAAUUUCAUUGAGUCCCGAGCCGAUGUCUCUUACGGAAAUACCUUUUCCAUCUAUCACCAUUUGCAAUAUGAAUAACGUUAAGAAGAAGGAAGCCAUUCGAAUAACUGAAGGAAAUGAUCGAUUGGAGAAACUUUUACUGGAAGACAUGUGCGACGUUGAGAAUUACACAAUUUCCGGGGAUCUGGAUGAAGAAUCCGGCAAGUGGAGUACAGUGCAGAGAUUUAUGAUUAAUGUUUCUCAACCCUGUACAGAAAUGAUCUACUUGUGUCAAUGGCACCAGAACAUAACGGAUUGCGAGAAGAUCUUCAACCCAACCAUGACGGACGAAGGAAUUUGCUGUAACUUCAAUUCCGUUAACAGAGAAUUCUUAUUUUACAAUCCUCGUGACUGGUCAGAUUUAAAUAUGACAUUUCCGUUCACGGGAAUCGAUUGGAAACCGGAAACCGGAUAUGCACCAGAUACACCACCCGACACAGUUCCAUGGAGACCAUAUGGUUCAGGUAGACAAAUGGGACUGACUUUGGUCCUGGAUGCAGAAAUAGAAGAAUAUUAUUGUUCCUCGACAGCGAGCGUAGGUUUCAAGAUGCUGCUGCACAAUCCGGUUGAGACGCCGAAGAUUGCGGAUUUUGGAUUUUCUCUGAAUCCUGGCAGCGAAACUCGUGUUAUCAUUUCACCCAGGAUAACCACGGCUAGUAAGACCAUCAUCAAGGUGCCCCUGAAGAAGAGAAAGUGUUUUUUUACUACGGAAAGAAAGCUCAGAUAUUACAGAACGUAUACACAGAGAAAUUGCAUUUUGGAAUGCGAAGCAAAUUUUACACGGGAGAUUUGUCAGUGCGUAGAGCAUUACAUGCCAAAAGCGGCAAAUACGCCAAUUUGUGGAAAACGAGAUAACUUGUGUGCGAUGCAAGCACGAAAAGCAAUGGAACAGAAACUUUAUGACGAAGACAAUACAACUAAUUGGCUGAAUAUUACAGAAACACCAAGCUGCAACUGCUGGCCAGGAUGUUUUGAAAUAAAUUAUAAUAUUGAAAUCUCGCAGAGCAAACUCGUUUCCAGCUUCGAAGUAAACGAAAUAUACGUGAAGAAGAACAAAGCAUAUUUUGCGGAAAAUUUAGCUGUGGUACAUCUGUUCUUUGUCGAUUCGCAAUUCACAAAGUACGUAAAAAAUGAAUUAUUUGGAUUCACUGAAUUUCUCUCCAGUACCGGAGGAUUAUUAGGUCUUUUUAUGGGCUUCAGCUUUCUAUCUGUGGUAGAAAUUAUAUAUUUCGUUUCUUUGCGCGUCUGGUGCCGUCUUUAUCGAACGAAACAGACACCAGGUCAAACAUUGCUUCAUGUACAUCCAGUAAAUCAAAAUACGAACGUAGUAUAUCCAUUCACUCAAUGAUUGAUACAUUUUCGAAUGAAUGAAGAUUAAAUCUGAUAACGAUCAGCUGUGAAAAUUGAGCAACAGUGUGAUUUAAUAGUAAUUAUUUCUGACUAUAUAACAUACAAACCCUAUAUACAUACACUUGAAACUAUAUGAUGCACAAGAUAUUUUAAAAUGCAAUUAAUAAAAAUUCUAACACCCCCAACACUAUUUGUUUAUUAUUUAUCGUCACGCAUCUUUUUCAAACUUACUUGUUUAAAAUUUGUUAUGUCCUAGUGUAUCGUGUUUCUUGAUAUAAUCAGCACUAGUAGGUUAAGUUUAUUAAUUUUAUGGUGUUCAUAAUUCCCGCUAUAAACUGCACGGAACACCUGCUGGCGUUAAACCCAACCACAAAAUACCAUACAUAUAUCCAUAUUAUAUCAAUAUCCGACCUCUCAUUACUCCAGUAUUAUAUUGUUUGACACGCAUACAGAGAAUUAUAUACGAAUCAAUAAAGGGAAAUAUAUUCAUAGAAAUAAAAUUCAUUAUUCAAGGUCUUGAGGUAUAAAGUAUGUUCAUAACCUCCUCAGGAAUUCUAGUAGAGAAUGUACUGCAUUUAAUAUUGAUACAUAGAAUACUCAAGUUAUGUACCAGAAUUUAGGUUGAAAAUACAAUGUGAUAAGAAGUCUUAUGCUUGUCAAUAUUUACAGUUUUCACAGCGUUCGUGUGAAUUACCGCAUGCAUCGUAUACACCAUGUUAAAGUUCGCACUGACAUAAAUUGCAGACCUCAACGGUUGCUAUUUCAAGUGACAUAUCAUUUCCACGUUACUUCUCAUACUUGAAAGACUGAUGAAAUAAUUCGCGAUUAUAAUGCGAUCCAAUUAUUAAUAGAUGUAUUAGAAAAUGAGAUGUACAGUCUUGGAAAAUCGAACAGACUCUCGUACAGCUUUCACAAGAUUUGUUGUCAUGAAUGUUACU